UCUCCCCUACAGAUACAAUGGAAAAGUACCAGAUUUUGCAAGAGCUGAAUCCUGGGGCCUUGGGCGUGAACCUGGUGGUGGAGGAUGUGGAGGAUAUAGAAACGGACACCAAGUAUGUGAUAAAACAGGUGGAGUGCAUGGAUGAGCAUCAUGCCAACAAAGCCAUGGACGAGCUGAUGCCCCUGCUGAAGCUCCAGCACCCCAACAUUUCCGUGUAUCGAGAGCUAUUUAUCAUAUGGAACCAUGAGAUCUCCUCCUUCUUCCUCUGCUUGGUGAUGGACUACAACUAUAGAACCUUGCAGGAUGUCAUUAAGGACAAGAGGAAGAAAAGAGAAGUUAUUGAUCUUGAGUGGAUGGAAGGCAUUCUGGUCCAGAUGUUGGAUGCGAUGGAGUACUUGCACCAGAUGGACAUCAUUCACAGGAACCUCAAGCCCUCCAACAUCACCCUUGUCAGCAACAACCAUUGCCAACUGCAGGACUUGAGCUGUGAGGUGCUGAUGACCCACAAGGCCAAGUGGAAUGUCCGAGCGGAGGAAGACCCCAGUCAUAAGUCCUGGAUGGCCCCUGAAGCCCUCAAAUUCAAGUUCACCCGGAAAGCCGACAUCUGGUCCUUGGGAUGCAUCAUUCUUGACAUGGCCAGCUGCUCCUUCCUGACUGACACAGAAGCCUUGCACCUGCGGAAGUCCAUCCGCCAGAAGCCAGGUGGCCUGAGGGCUGUCCUGAAAACCAUGGAGAACAGGCAGAUCCCCAAUGCCAAAAUCUUCUCCACCCUCCUGCCUGGUAUGCUGCAGAUCAACCCCGAAGAGCGAUUAGAAAUCAAGGAUGUGAUCCAGAUCAUCUUCACGAGCCCCUCACUCAGCUCCUUCUGCAUCCCACUGAGCCUGCUCGGACAGAUGGUGCCAGCGUUCGUCAUGGAUCUGCUGCUGGAAGGCAACCUGGCCAGUGUUAUAGAGGUCAUGCAGAACUUCUCCAGCAGUGCCAAGGUCCAGAUCAAGGCCAUGACGAGGCUUCUGAGCAUGCCGGAGGAUGAGCUAGGUCUGCCGUGGCCCUUGGAGCUGGUGGAGGAGGUGUUCAGCAUCAUGAAGCAGCACGAGAGGACCCUGGACGUCCAGCUGGGUGCCUGCUCCCUGAUGCUCCGCGUGCUGGGCCAAGAGAUGGCACAGGACAUGGAAACCCAGGAACCACUGAACAGCUCCAUCAUGUUGUUCCUGAUGAGCCUCAUGCGUUACCACCCCGACUCGAAGCUGCUCAUUGCCAUGUGCUACAACCUGCUCACCAUCAUCUCCAGCCAGGAGUCAAUCUCUGAGGAGCUGCAGGAAAAGGGGCUGUUUGAGCUUGUCCUGACUCACCUGGACCAAUUCCAGGAGGAUAGAGACACCUGCCUUGGCAUCCUGAGUUUCCUCUGGUCCCUCCUAGUGGAUGCUGUCAUUGUGAACAAAGCCGCCUUGAAGAAGAUCCCAGGCCUGAUAAUCCACGUGCUGGCCACCCACUCCAAGGAUGUGGAAAUGGCUGAGGCGGGCUGUGCAGUGCUGUGGCUGCUGUCCUUGCUGGGCUGCAUUAAAGAGAGCUACUAUGAGCCGGUGGCGGUGCUGUGCAUGAAAAGCAUCUGGCUGUGCCCUGACAGAGUGCUGCUGGUGAACAAUGCUCUCCGUGGCCUCACCAGCCUUGCCAAGGUGUCAGAGUUGGUAGCCUUCCGGGUGGUAGUGCUGGAAGAGGGCCGCAGCGGACUUCACCUUCUCCAGGAGAUCUACGAGCACUACAAGGAUGACCCCGAGGUGGUGGAGAACCUGUGCAUGCUGCUGGCCCACAUGGCCUCCUACAAGGAGAUCCUGCCAGAGCUGGAGUCAAGUGGCAUCAGUGACUUGGUCCAGGAGAUUCGGGAGCGCUUCACCUCCAGCCUGGAGCUCAUUUCCUAUGCAGAAGAGGUGCUUAAGGCUUUGCAGGCAGCUGCACUUUCCAGCCCCUAGGAAAGGGAGAAGCUGGCCCUGCUGCAGGGGAAGCAGAGUUCACCCAGUCACUACCCCUGAAGGAAGGCUCUUUGUGGGCCCUGAAGU